AUGCCCGCGGCUGUCGACGAGAUGGCAUCAACACCGGCUUCACAAGGCGCACUAGACGCAUCCAGUGACAAGAAGCGCAAUAAGUUAGGGUAUCAUCGAACAUCCGUCGCAUGUGGUCAUGGCAACCAGAUCGUGGAUGGUUUUGCUCAUACAUCAUAUACAGUACAUUGCCGACGACGGAAGAUUCGAUGCCUAGUGGCGGCGGAUGACACGCAGGGACGGUGCGAGAACUGUAUCCGCUUGCGCAAGGAAUGCCAAUUUUUCCCAGUCGAUCAGCAGCCUCCAGUGGAGAAGAAGUCGAGGCCCAGCUCCAGGAUCGAGACGCCCACGACGGACCGUCCUGUCACGACCCCCAUUGCCUCCUCCCCGACGACGAACCUGGGUCCCGACUCUGUUGAGACCUUCUAUCCAUAUCAACCCAUACCGUUGAAUACGUCAGGCCAGGACAUGACGUCUUUCAGCGUGGACUCAUUUUCCGGCAAUCCAAUGCCGGGCUUCGCAGCAGACCGAGCGAUGGGACCGGGAAACUUCCCAGGCCAUCCGUCAAUGGACCCUGGAGUUCCCUGGGACGAAUUCACCACUAUGUCCGACCCCACCAUGAUCGCCCAGAUGCCGACUGGAAAGGGCCAGAUGAUGAAUAUGGCGCCCAAUGCUUGGAAUCCCGGGACUAUCCCUUCUGGAUUGCCAUCUGCUCCGCCCAUGACCGGGCAGACACAGCAGAUGAACACACACCCGACAUUUACCUUGCAGCCGGACGGCUCGAUGUGGCCAAUGCCCUCCGGACCGUCAAGAGCAAUGAGCUAUCCUGGACAGGAGAUCGGAUCUUCUUAUCCAAACCAAUUUCCACCCCAGAUGCCUCCGGAUCUCAAACGACGGAUGACAACACCCGCACAAUCUGUUCCCACUGCCGCCGGGUCACACGGCUCUCAGGGCCCAAGUCCGGCUAUGCAAGCACCGCCGGGGCCAAUGUCGUACCCCGGUCAACCAGGCAUGGGGUAUGCAUCCUGGCAGGACAUGAACGCUUUGCCUGGGGUGGGUGUGGUACCAUAUCCCAUGUACACCGGUGAUGCCAUCCAACAACCUCCUUUCACAACCAGCCCUCCCCCAAUGGGGCAUCCAGGUGCGCCGGGAAGAUCAUCGGGGUCAUGA